GUCAACUAUGAUUGCCGAUUGCGAUAGACUUGAAGAGAAUUCAUCGAAAAAACGAGAGCUUUCUAAAAAUACCGUCUUGGGCGAAUUAUGCAAAGAUCCAAGGAUGACCAAAGAAUUCUUGAAGAAGCAUUGCAAAGAGCACAAGUUGUACCAAACACCACACCUAAAUGAUGUGUUAUAUCUUCAUUUCAAAGGAUUCUCUUAUAUAGAAAAUCUGGAAGAAUAUACAGGUUUGAAAUGUUUGUGGCUCGAAAAUAAUGGCAUACGGAGAAUCAGCGGUUUGGAUAAUCAAAAGGAAUUGCGUAGUUUAUUUCUGCACUAUAAUUUGAUAAAGAAAAUUGAGAACUUGGAAAACUGUCCGAUACUCGAUACAUUGAACAUAUCCUACAAUCAAGUGAAAAAAAUUGAAAAUUUGGGUAAAAACUUUUAUUUUCCAAAUAUAUUUUUUUCUUAUGUUACUAAAUACAGAGGCUAUUCGAGUUCAAAUCUAUGCAUGAACAUCUCGUAAACGGUGAACGAUAAAGGGUAA